CUAGGACCUCAAAAUUCGACGGGCUGGGUUCAUGAAGACUUGAGAACCCCACGGGUUUCAUAUACAGCACGUGGGAAUGGUCUGCCAAUGAGAGAUUCUUCUUCACGAAUCUCCCGCUCUGGGAUGACAGAAAAAUGGCACUCUAACUGCGCCCGUAGUUCGAAAUCUGGCAUCGCUGUUCCCCUGGACCCUUGGGUUGGCGAGUGGGGAUGUUGGGGGCAUGGCGGAGUUGACCCGACGGUUCCAUUAGGAAAAGGAAUCAUUGAUGAUUUACUCGACAUGUGAUGUGGCCGAAAUCGGCUCCCAAGCCGUGCUCAAUCAGUCUGAUGGACAAUUGCUGUAAAUUUUGACACGACUCUGUUCACUUGGUAGCUUGACGACGACUACACUUCAGGAAUUCAGGCACCAGCAGGAUGGCGAGAAGAACGAGUCCCGAGAUCACCCUGGAGGAACUCAACCCCAGACUUUCGGCCGGAGCCUGCAUUCAUCUCACCGAAUCCGAAGAAUUUGGGAAAUCAGACCUGCGAUUUACAGACUAUGAGCGUCCGACGUAUCUUGCGGCUGUUGAGCCGGCGUGUGAAGAGGAUGUGAUUCAGGUCAUGAAAUAUGCCCGAGAAAAAGGCAUCCCGUUCGCGCCCCGGUCGGGACAUCAUGCUGUCACUACGACGAUGCGGCACCUAAAAGAUGGGAUUCUGAUUGACAUGCGUCCGCUGAGUAAGUUGGAAUUUGAUGCCAACAAGCAGCAAGUGACCGUCGGUGGAGGCGUCCUAACGGACAACUUUGUCAAGUAUCUCGAGUCGAUUGGGAUGGAAGUCAACGUUGGGUCCUGCCCGACCACGGGUGUCUUAGGAGUAGCAUUCGGAGCCGGUCUCGGCCGUCUUCAAGGCAAAUACGGCUUCUUACACGAUAACAUGGUGUCUUGCAAGAUGGUUCUCGCCGACGGGAGCGUUGUUCUCGUGUCCGAGGACUCGAACCGCGAAUUAUUCUGGGCUAUUCGCGGAGCUGGGCACAACUUUGGCAUUGCGCUCGAGGCUACGUUCCGCGUAUAUCCCCAGGCAAACGGGGGCAUCCACUAUACUUGGGACCUGGAGUAUACCGUUGAGCAGUCUGAUUCUGUCUUUGAGACUCUCAACGACGUUCAUGAAGUCAUGCCAGCCAAUCUGGCCAUCUUCGUGCUGUGGGUUCGCCAGAGUGAAGGUGGAAGAAAGCAUCACAUACUCGUUAAUCUUGUUUGGUCUGGUCCCGAAACCGAGGCAGAUCCAUGGGUUCAACGAUUCAAAGGCCUAAACCCCGUUAUCAACAGCGGGAAAGUAACGACAACCUGGGCUGACCUCCCGUGGAAAACAUACAAAGGCAUGAACAACGUUCUCAGUAAGCCAGAGGUCUGGUCUAAAGCGCCUUACAAGAUGAUGGGGGCUGCUUGCGUCGAGAAGUUUGACCUCAAGACCACCCGGGCAUUCUUUGAGAGUGUCAGAUCCAUGAACGAAGAAUGGGCGGGCAAGGGCUUCUUCGGGGCCAUGUUCGAAUGCUUGCCCCACCAAAAAGUACGAGAGCUACCCAGCGAAGCGACGGCGUUCCCUUGGCGCUGGGGAUCGAAUCAUUUCUUAAUGCUCAUGGCGACGCCGUUGAAGCUCGAGUUUAGAGAGAAGUUUGAGGAGCACCUUGACCGGUGGAAGAAGGAGUUCAUCACAACAUCGGGUUAUGGGCGGUUGCAGCAAUACGUGAACUACGGCAACACGACAUCUUCGAUGCGAGACCCCCCAGAAGCUUUGUAUGGAUAUGAACCGUGGAGGCUAGAGAAGUUGCGCGCCUUGAAGCAGCUUUACGAUCCCGACAACGUGUUUUGCUGGUACCAGCCUUUGGUGGAGCCCGAGGCUUCAGAUGUUGUAAAUGCCAUCUGACAUAUUAUUACUUUCUCUUAAAAGUCCUAUCUGGA